AUGGACGGACUCCCUCCAUUUCACCAGACCAACACACUCUUCCUUAGAAAACCUCAGACCCAGAACCCCAAGCUCAGAUGCCAUUCUCUCUCGUGCCCUGCUCUUGGUGACACUGCCCCUUGUACGGCAACUCCAGCCUACGCUUUGCAGCUUUCCCCUUCGAGUGUCCCCGCGGUGGUGGGUGGCUUUAGUGGGGUCAACUCUUUGGCGUCUGUGAAGAUGAUCCAUGCCCAGAUGAUAAAAAUGCCUGGCAAGUGGAGUUUUGAUGACCACUUGGUGAAGAUCCUGAUCAGGCAUUACGUGAACUUUGGAGAUCAUAGAUCAGCCGCGUUAGCUCUCUUGCUGGGCCUAGCCAGAAGCAACGUUGGAUGGAACUCUUUCUCGGAGGAAUUGAAGGACUUCAGGGAACUGCCUGUCCAGAUUCUUGAGGUAUUCGACGACUUGCGUUGUAAAGGAAUGGUCUUUGAUGCUAGGAUCUUCACUGUUGCAUUGAGAGUUUGCACUUGUGUAUUGGACUUGUGGUUGGGUGUAGUGAUUCAUGCUUGUGUGAUCAAGACGUCCCUUGAUUCCUAUGCUCAUCUCCAGCGUGCCCUGAUGAACUUCUAUGAGAGAUGUUGGGGCAUAGAGCGUGCCAAUCAAGUGUUUAACGAAAUGCCGAAGCGAGAAGAUGUUGUAUGGAAUGAAGCAGUUAAGUUGAACAUGAAGCAGGGGCAGUGGAUAAGAGCUUUAGAGCUAUUUCGAGAAAUGCAGUAUUCUUGCAUGAAGGUGAAAUGCACAACGACUGUCAGAGUGCUGCAAGCUUGCGGCAAAUUGAAAGCCCUCGCACAAGGAAAGCAAAUUCAUGCCCACGUUUUGAGGUUUGGAAUGGAAUCAAGCGUGCCAAUUGGCAACGUUCUCAUCAGUAUGUACGCCAAAAAUGGAGAGCUUGAACUUGCUGGAGCAGUUUUUAAUUCGAUGGAAGAUCAUAACUUUACUUCAUGGAAUUCCAUUAUCUAUGCUUAUGCCUCAUUUGGCUUUCUAAAUGAUGCAUGGAGUCACUUCCAUAAGCUGGAAUCUUUCACAAUUGAGCCGGACAUUAUAACCUGGAGCUGCCUUUUGUCGGGGCAUACUCUUAAUGGCUCCUACGAGGACGUCCUGACCAUCUUGUGCAUGAUGCAAACUUCUGGAAUUCAACCGAAUUCGAGCUCCAUAACCUGUGGUCUCCAGUCAGUCAUCAAACUGGGAUUAUUACUGUCGCGACCUACCCCGCCAAAGAUCGAGUUUAGGCCAAGAGGUAUUUGUCGAUGGAUAUGA